AGCGGCCAGUUGUUGUCCCUCAGCCAUUGUAAUCACCUCCAAAUUAAGUCCCAACAACAUUGUUUUCAACACCUGUCUUGUCUGUAAUCUAUAUAACACCAAAACCUACCAGAAAACCUUGCAAUGCCCAAAUCGCAAGCAAGGAAAGGAUGGAGCAUAUGAUGAACAUGAACAUGCAGAUGAGCUUCCACUGGGGCAAGGAGGCUACAAUCUUAUUCAAAGGCUGGCCUAAUGAAAGCACUGCCAUGUACAUAUUGGCUUUACUUUUGUUGUUUGUGCUAGCCUUUGCUAUGGAAACUUUGUCUGCCUGGCCUAAUGUCAAACCUAGCAUGAACCCAAUUGUGGCGGGUCUCGCUCAGGCCUCCGUUUACGCUGUUCGAAUUGGGAUGGGGUACUUGGUCAUGCUCGCAGUCAUGUCAUUCAACGCCAGAAUCUUCAUAGUAGCGGUGGCAGGCCACACCUUCGGGUACUUUAUAGUCAAGGCCAUAACUCUUGCUGUUGCCAAACCAGCUGCUUCCCCACCCUAGUGGAAAUUUGAUUUUGUUUAUACCUACUUGAUGAUCAGAUAUAGUUUUACCUUUUGUCAAUGAAACAAUAUUACCUUUAAUAUUCAAGAAAAUAGUUUUGUGUA